GAACUUAUGACAGACUCAUGAUCAGAACGAGAUUCUCUCUGCAAGGAUACCCACUUUUCCGCUUCCUAAUCAAUUUGCCACCACCAUCACACCUUCGCGGUAAUAUAACUUCACGAAACUACCCGUGCCUCGAGGUUCCAACUGUUUAUUCCCGAAACCAGGCUAAACUGGCAGGGCGUGCCGGAAUUCCUCUGCAACUCGCUUUGGAAAUCUUAUGUCGGAUAUGGCCGAUUUUCCUCUAACUCGGAUCGGAACCCCCUCCUUCGUCCCUCUACUUUUAACAAAUGCUCGACUAGCUUCGGGUGGUCUUCCCAUUGAACCUGUCAUCUUUCAAUCAAUUCUACUCUGUCUCAUUGCUGGAAACAAACACCUCAUUCUUCGAACUGUAGAAGAUGACAUUGGUCUGGUGGUCAAGUUGGCUGUCAAGACGUUGGCUACCGUGUUUGGUCUUUUGACGCACAGAAUUCGAAUCCAUCGUCGCACAGGCACUUCGAAACAUGAUUUAUCUGCAAUUCCUGGAAUUUCUACUUUCCUUCGGUCUCUAUUCGUACCUAUCUCUGGAACUAACUCCUCGCAUCUUGGACAAGAUGAAGUAUCGACAUUGACGGGCCAUGGCGCUAGAAGAUACCGCAAACGUCCUGACUCCAGAUCCAGAUCCCGCUCCGCCACAGUACGAAGCAUGACCAGCCAGUACACUAAAUCACUUUCAUAUCCCAAUGAUUUACUAUCCGCAAAGUCGUUAAACACGGCUCCUUCGUUAUCACUGUCUGCCUCCGAACCAUUUGGAGACUAUAACAGUCCGAGUAUAACGGAAGUAGUCUCACCUACUCAUAUAAACACUGCUUCCAGAAACUCCUCACUAUCCGCUCUUCCCCAACCUACAUUUCCACAUUCUUACUCUGACCCGACCCCGCUCCGUGUAGUUCGGGACCCUACUCAGAUUCAACUUCCGGACGCACUAGUACUCUCUGGACUGGAACAUGCCAGUCUCGCAUCUCAGAGAGCCCUGACCGAAGUUCUGAUCGAAAGAAGAGUUGUGAUAGAUGAUACCGAUUUGAGCGGUGUAUGGCCAUUCCCCAAAGACUUCAUCCUUGUCUAUAUCUGUCCACUAGACGAGCGGGAAAGGCCCCCUAUCCACAAACCUCUACUGGACAAAUUUGCUCUGAGCGCCACGGUGUUGCUCCAUCCUACUGUCCGUGCACUUUCAAAGAAUUUCUUUCGCUCUGUAUCCCACCGUUCCUCUCCAAUCCUAUCACCUUUACCUCAACUCGCAAACUCUCCCCCGAACUCACCACCUUUCUUAGCUCAAGCGUUACCUCAUCGACAUAUCUCGCCAGGAAUCAUAACGCCUUCAAAUGGCUUGCCAGCAGUGAUAACGCCUGAAAUAAUGAGUCUGCUUAAGGAAGUCUAUUCCCGAGUUCACGUUCCUUCGAAUCUGCAUUUAUAUGUCAGUGAUCUAUUUUCUGCCACACGACACCAUCAUCAAUUGGAAGGUAGACUUGUUUCUAUCACCGCAAUCAAGGACGCGUCAGAACUGUCUCGCGCAGCUAGGGUUCUAGGUGGAGAUCCCACUGGAAUGGAACUUAUUAGCGAAACAUUACGUUCGGACGCCAGGACGGAUGACAACUCGACGACCGGUGGCGAAACUGGUGACGAGAGGUUUUCCAAGGUUUUAAAUGACGUUGAAAGUGCAUUUGUUGUGAUUGAUCCCCAAGUAAAUAUUGAGAACCAUUUGUCUACCGAGUUUGCUCACGAGGACUCGGAUUCGGUCAGAGUACCAGCACUGCCUGUUCUUGAUCUUACGCAAGCAGAUAUUGCGAGGAUCGUUCCCCGCGUGCUAACGCAUCGCCUGCGAGUUAAGGAUGGACCAGAGGAUGAAGUACUUGCCAGUGCAGUUUUCGGUGCAGCGUUUUCGGCGACCUCAAAGAAGGAGGAACGAGGAAGGAAGCGAGAUCGUAAUCGUGUGACCGUGAAAGAGCUGUUGGUAGAAAUAUUGCAGGAGGUUUAACUCGAAGAGUUAGGAGUUACAUGCAUGUAUGUAGAAUUCUACGACCCGCAGCUCUACCACCACACAGGGACCCAGUCAAGGUGUACCCAUAUCUGAAGAAUGGAGAAAGGCAACAGACGAGGAUAUCACCUAUUUGUUUCCGUGACUCCCCGCGCCUUAGUACUUAGAUUUACUUACUUGCGGUUAAUGAAGAG